GACCUUGGUUCUGUAGGGACCGUUAGAGGACGGGUCACGCGCCUGUCCGCCUGCCACAGAAGUUAGGACUAUGGAGGAACCUGGUGUGCCCCAUGAAUCAGCAGAGGAUUUGUUUCAUUUCAAUGUUGGGGGCUGGCAUUUCUCAGUUCCCAGAAGCAAACUUGCUCAGUUCCCAGACUCACUGCUGUGGAAAGAGGCUUCAGCCUUGACCUCUUCAGAAACCCAGAGGCUAUUCAUUGACAGAGAUGGUUCCACGUUUAGGCACGUACACUAUUACCUCUACACUUCCAAGCUCUCUUUCUCCAGUUGUGCUGAACUAAACUUGCUCUAUGAGCAAGCCCUGGGCUUGCAGCUGAUGCCUUUGCUUCAGACCCUAGAUAAUCUGAAGGAAGGGAAGCACCACCUCCGUGUGCGGCCUGCGGACAUUCCUGUUGCUGAGAGAGCAUCUCUGAACUACUGGCGAACAUGGAAGUGCAUCAGCAAGCCCUCCGAAUUUCCAAUAAAAAGCCCAGCCUUCACAGGUCUUCAUGAUAAGGCACCUUUGGGCCUCAUGGACACACCACUGUUAGAUACAGAAGAGGAAGUGCACUAUUGCUUCUUGCCCCUCGACCUAGUAGCCAAGUAUCCAAGCCUAGUGACAGAAGACAACUUGCUGUGGCUGGCUGAAACAGUGGCCCUGAUCGAGUGCGAGUGCAGCGAGUUCCGCUUCAUUGUGAAUUUUCUCAGAUCACACAAGAUUUUACUACCAGAUAACUUCUCCAAUAUAGAUGUGUUAGAAGCAGAAGUAGAAAUUCUGGAAAUCCCUGAGCUUACGGAAGCUGUACGGCUGUACCGGAUGAAUAUAGGUGGUUGUUCCCGGACCUCCUGUCCUCCUCCAAGCCCUGGGAAGGGGGUCCGCACAGCUAGUCUGGAGUCUGUGAAACCAUUGUACAUGAUGGCACUGGGCCUUCUGGUCAAGUAUCCAGACUCUGCAUUGGGCCAGCUUCGCAUUGAGAGCACGCUAGAUGGAAGCAGACUGUACAUCACAGGGAACGGGGUCCUCUUCCAGCAUGUCAAGAACUGGCUGGGUACUUGCCGGCUGCCUCUGACUGAGACAAUCUCUGAGGUAUAUGAGCUCUGUGCCUUCCUGGACAAGAGGGACAUCACCUAUGAACCAAUGAAAGUUGCUCUGAAGACUCAUCUGGAGCCAAGGACUUUGCCACCCACAGAUAUGCUCAACGAGGAGUGGACAGCAGGAAUCACUAUAUAUUCACCCCAACAGAUCAUCAAGCUUUAUGUUGGAAGCCACUGGUAUGCAACUACCUUGCAGACCCUGAUGAAGUAUCCAGAACUGCUAUCCAACACUCAGAGAAUAUACUGGAUCACCUACGGACAGACCUUGCUCAUCCACGGUGAUGGCCAAAUGUUCCGGCACAUUCUCAACUUCCUGAGACUUGGAAAACUGUUUUUGCCAUCAGAAUUUAAGGAAUGGCCUCUCUUCUGCCAGGAGGUGGAGGAAUAUCAUAUUCCAGCCCUCUCGGAAGCCCUUGCACAGUGUGAGGCAUACAAGUCAUGGACUCAGGAAAAAGAAACUGAAAAUGAGGAAGCUUUUCCUAUUAGGAAGCUGCAUGUGGUGACAGAAGGGACAGGGUCAAUGGUUGAGUUCAGUAGAGAUGCCAAGGAAACCACAACCUGCAUGCCUGUGGAUUUCCAAGAUUGCAAUGACAGGACUCCAUGGAACAAGGCCAAAGGGAACCUGGCCAGGUCCAGCCAGAUGGAAGAGGCUGAACAGUAUACCAGAACUAUCCAGGUCUCCCUAUGCAGAAAUGCCAAGAGGGGAGGUAAUCCCGGCACAUACUCACACUGUUCUGGCUUAUGUGCCAACCCCAGACACUGGGGAGGUCACACUGAGAGUCCUCCCAAGAAGAAGUGCACCACUAUAAACCUCACACAGAAAUCUGAUGCCAAAGACCCUCCUGUCACUCCCAUGCAAAAACUGAUAUCAUUGGUAAGGGAAUGGGACAUGGUCAACUGUAAACAGUGGGAAUUCCAGCCACUGACAGCCUCCCGGGGCAGCUCUUUGGAGGACGCCACCCUGCAUGUCCCCUCAGGAAGUGAGGCUGCUUGCCAACCUGGUACCUCAGCUUCCUGGAAAGCUCAUUCCAUAACCUCAGAGAAGGACACUGGUCCCCAGACUGGACCUGGAGCUGCAGUGAAAGACAAGGGUCCAGAGCCGACCUUUAAGCCAUACUUCCCCACAAAAAGAGCUGUCACCCUAAAGGAGUGGGGCAAACAGAGACCCAAGGAGAGAGAAAAUCCUGCCCCUGAGCAGCCUCUGCCUAAUGUUAAUGGGAUAGACAACCCAGGGGCCAUCCUCAAAGUGACUCACCCCCCUGUGGUGGGUAGUGAUGGCUCUUGCAUGUUCUUUGAAGACAGCAUCAUCUACACCACCCAGAUGGAUAAUAUCAAGCAUACAUCACUCACAGCCAGCCCCCAACCUCGAGAAGUGACUUUCCUGAGUUUCUCUUUGUCCUGGGAAGAGAUGUUUUAUGCCCAGAAAUGUCACCGCUUCCUGACUGACAUCAUCCUGGAUUCCAUCAGGCAAAAGGACCCUAAAGCUAUCACAGCCAAGGUGGUGUCCCUGGCCUACAGGUUAUGGACGCUGAACAUCAGCCCCAAGCAAUUUGUGGUGGAUUUGCUGGCCAUCACUGGCUUCAAGGAUGACCGACACACUCAGGAGCGUCUGUACAGCUGGGUAGAGCUCACACUGCCUUUCGCCAGAAAAUAUGGCCGUUGCGUGGACCUGCUCAUCCAGAGGGGACUGUCCAAGUCUGUCUCUUACUCAGUCCUGGGCAAGUAUUUACAAGAGAGCUAGAGUACCCACCCAGAGAUGUUGGUCCUACAGACCACCACUUGCCCAAGGAUCAUUUUAACUGUAAAAUCCAGAAUGUACAUACCCAACCAAUGAUACAAAUCACUUUAUUUUUAUUAUAAACAAAUAAAAGAGUAAAUCACAAGACAAA